AGAUGAUUUGCCCUGCUAACCAGAAACGCAUCCGAACAAACUAGGCGCUGAAUUUUGGACAAAGUAGUACCGCCGACUCAUUAAUCUUCAACCCUCUGCGCUUCUCAUCCCCCUCGCCUUCUUCACUCUCCUUUUCCCCUCCGUGGCUUUCUCAACGCUGAAGAUGGAUCAGAACAAUCUCAGGCGCAAGGACACCACAAAAGGUCCGCCACUGCGCGUUCUCUCGCUAGAUGGCGGCGGCGUUCGCGGGUAUUCAAUGCUCAUCAUCCUCCAAGAACUCAUGCAUAGAGUCUAUGUCGUGACCGAAGGAGAACCACCCGAUCGACAGUCUGGUACCCCAAAGCCUUGCGACUAUUUCGACCUCAUCGGCGGCACUGGCACAGGAGGAUUGAUUGCCAUUAUGCUGGGACGCCUGCGCAUGGACCUGGAAACCUGCAAGGCUGUCUAUGUGAGGAUGACAAGAAAAGUCUUUGAGACGGACAAGACGUUUGCCGGCAUUCCAUACAAGCAUACUUUAUUCAAAGCCUCCAAACUGGAAGAGGCUAUCAAGUUAUGUGUUCAAGAGCACACGCUCUUUGAGGAUGAAGGGAAUGACGGCACAGCUUCCGGAGGUCGCGAAUUCCAAGACUUGACGAGUCCCGUCAGCACCACCAGUACCGCAGUCAGGAGAUCGAUGAGCGUCAGAAGUUCCAAUUCCAUCAACAGUCCCGCAACUCCACUCCGCACCUCCAUUGUCUCUCCCUCGUUCCCAGCUUGGGGCAAUGCCAAUGCUAGCCUCUACGACAGCCGUCAUAACCGAACUAAGACUGCUGUCACCGCAGUGUAUCAAGGCACAAAUCCCCGAACAGGUUCCUCGAUCCUUUUGCGAAGCUACGAUAGUCGUAAAGAGCCACCUCCUGAGUACAACUGUAAGAUCUGGGAAGCUGGGAGAGCCACUUCGGCUGUGGGUCUUGCCUUCAAACCUAUUCAGAUCGGGCAGACGGUGUUCAUCGACGAGGGCGCAGGCAAAUUCAAUCCGGCGCCACAGCUACUCGAAGAGGCCGCGGUCAACGAGUGGCCGGGUAGAGAAAUAGGAGCCUUCGUCAGCAUUGGGACAGGAAAACGCCCCGAAGGGACCAAUGCCCGGCAACACGAAUGGUGGGAAGAUUUCAUCGGCGGCAGCAUGGGCGCCUUUGCUGAAGCAAGGCGCCGACUUAUAGCCAAAAUCGAAGGCUGUGAGGAAACCCACCAGCAAAUGCUCAAGACAGAACUGCCUAAGCGAGGCGUCCCACUCGACAAUUACUGCCGCCUGAACGUCUCGGUUGGUCUCGGAGAAUUCGCCAUGAACGAAUGGCAGCAUUUGUCCCAGAUGACGGUCAACACCAGGAAGUAUUUGCAUGAUCCUGCUACUCAGAAAGCAUUGAUGGAUAUGGCAACGAAAUUGGCCAAAAUUGAAUUGAUGAAGAGAAGAUACGAGCAUCAGUCAGACGCAUACGCCCGUGAGUCAAGCUGGUCGUUGAGACCGAAUAACAUACCUCCAGUGCCGUCUCACCCGUCAGCGGUCGAGUUGCCGGCGGAUGAAGAGAUGUACCCGACGACUCCUCCUCAGCAUUAUCGCGUCCCUGGAAAUCCUCCAUACCCUGAUCAUCUGGCAUCCUCUCAAGACAAGUUCGUCCUGGUUCCAGGGGAAUCACCUCCACCGCGCCUGUCUAGCGAUUUACCGUAUCGAGGAAGGGAUGACAAGAUGGUCGUACCUCAGUUCCCACCUCCGGCCUCAACAUACAAUCAGUCACAGGUACCACCUCCAAGACCUCCAAAAACACCAAUCAACGAUCAUGUCUAUCCUGCUUAUCCUCCUCAACGUAUCUCACCCGGGAGGCCAAAUGGUGCUCCUCGCCCGCCAUAUCCAGACGACGAAGAGCCUCCGCCACAGUUUAACCGAUACAAGAAGCCAGAGUAUAUCCCCAGGUAGUCAGAAAAGAGGGAGACUUGAUGAUUGCACUUUAUAUGCCAUGCGAAUGCGCCGCUUCCGAUUGCCGAAGCUAUGAUUGUACGAUUGUGGUCAUCUUUGCUUGUAAUUUCAGAUACCCAAAUGAGCAUAUGAUGGAUUGGAAAAACAGGACAUAGCUACCGGCUGAAAGCCAGAAGCCAGUCAGCACAUGGGGCUUCGGGUUUCCAGAUCGAUAUUUUGAAUUCACGAGAAAUGAUAUUGCAUAUUGCCGCUAUAA